UCAGUGUCAUGCAAUUUGCAGAUAAAAUUUUGUGUUACCUUUCUGUUCCGUCUUGUUUAGCAAAAUAAUAUUUAUUAAAUUAAAUAUUAGUAAAAUAUACUUAGAAAUAAUGGUUGUUUGUAAAUUUUUUCAAGCUGGAUACUGUAAAUUCGGGAAGAACUGUAGAUUUGAACAUAUCUACGGAUCCAAAUACUCGUAUCACGCAAAUCCACAAACUCAACCAGUACAGCAGGCUCCCGCGCAAACACUUCCUGGAGGUAUUACGGACGAGCAGCUAGUGAAACAAGUGCAAGCUGAUGUUCAAGCCGUACUUAGAGGAGGCCAAUGGAUACUUUCCUGCUAUUCACCCAUCAAAGAAAAACCUAUAUUUCCAGGAAUCCAUGAUUUGUCACCAGAAGAAAUGAGACUUUUCAUUUAUGAAGCAAAAAACACAAAUAAUGUGGACCAAGCUGUAGCAUACAUCAACAAUUUGGUUAAAGAGACGAGACAGAAAUAUGAACAACUGCUGCAACCAAACAUGAAUAUCAUCCAAGUACUGAGAAGCCUCUACAAAGGAGAGCAAGUUUCUUCACCCUUCACUAGUCAGCCACAGAAUGUGUUCAGUAACUCCAAUAGUAGUGCUGCAGCUUCCAUAUUCCGUAGUGCUGUUCAAUCUGGUCCAGUGAUUAACCAAAAUGUGAAUAAUAAUGCCCAGUCAAUAUUCAGUCAAGCUCAAAGUAGCAUAUUUAAUCAACAGGCUCCAGAUCCUGCAAAACAAUUGUUUGCUCAAGCAUCUCAAAGUAGUUUUGGCCAGAGUCAACCUGUUAAUAACAUAUUUGCACCACAGAAUCAAAAUGCUGAUCCAAAAUCAAUCUUUGGUGCGGCUGCUCAAAACAAUUUAAAUCAAACAAGUGCAAACCCAUCAAACAUAUUUGGUGCUGCUAACCAAAGUAUAUUUGGUAGAGCACCAGCUGAAAAUCCCUCUCCUUUCAACCAAGGGAAUGUUUUUCAACCAGCUCAGGGCCCUGCAUCAAUAUUUGGGCAAGUCCAGAAUAAGACAGUAGCUGGUGGUGACCCCAAUAUGUACAGCAAGAUGGAAGAUGUGGAUGAAGUAGAUUUGGAGGCAUUCAAGAGUGAUAGUUUUCAAUUAGGUUUUAUACCAGAAUUACCACCUCCUUAUGAGUUAUGUACUGGUCAGUCAAGGCCACAAUUGUUUAGUUAGGGUUACAUGAAAAAUGUUGAUUAGUAAGUUGUUGUGUUUGUAUUAAAGGACUUUGUAAAUUUGGUACUAGAGACUGUUUAUAGGUAUAAGAAACCAUAGAAGACUUAACGGUUUGUUUGGGUUCCAGCUCCAAGGGCUUGUGUAGGAAUGGGGUGG